CAUCAACGAGAGCGGACGAAGACAUCGCAAAUUCUGUAAACUAAUCACAAAAGAUGUCUGACGCUGGAGAUGAAAUUCAAGUCGACGCCGCGGCCGCUGAGGUCGAGGUCACUACUGAGGCUCCGAAGGGAAAAAUGUCCGUGGAGGACGCUCUUCAGCAAGUCCUGAAGAACGCCCUUGUUCGUGACGGUCUCGCUCGUGGUCUCCGCGAGUGCGCCAAGGCAUUGGACAAGCGCCAGGCCCACCUCUGUGUGCUUGUGGAGACCUGUACAGAGGCCGAGUACAUCAAACUUAUCGAAGCACUCUGUGCAGAGCACAAAAUCAACCUGAUCAAGGUCGGAGACGGCAAGAUUCUGGGCACAUGGGCAGGUCUUUGCAAGAUUGACAAGGAAGGCAACCCCCGCAAGGUCGUGGGCUGCUCUUGCGUCGUUGUCAAAGACUAUGGUGUAGAGAGCGAGGGUCUCAAUGUACUCCUUGAAUACUUCAAGAACCGGUAGGGUGAGUGCCAUUCCAAUUUUCAUAUCACGAUGACAAGACAGACUCCCUCAACGGAGAAUCCGUUCAAUGAGGAAACAGUCUAACCGGAAUCAUUAUAUUGUCUGAUCCUUAUUCAUGUUUUCGCGUGAAACCUCAUCAUUGACUGACAUCUCUCUACACUACAGAUUCUUUCGUACCCUUGUACAUCGUUCUCGUACAUCUGCGAAUAAAUGAUCUCCUUUGUACCUUGCG